UACAAGCCGAACCCGACAUGAAGACAGUCAGUGAGUACUUGGAGAACGUGCUGGAAGAGACGGGUGGCUUUGGGAAGUUCCAGAUCCUUCUUCAUGGCAGCAUUCUCUUCAGUAAGGUGUCCAUUACUUGGAGUCUCCUCAUCAUGGCGUUCGCUGGGGCUUCUCCUGACUGGUGGUGUGUCUACUCCAACACAACUGAUGUCCCUUCUACCAUUAACUACAGUAUCAUAGCGAACACCACUAUGACGUCACCAGUCCAUGACGUGAUUCAAGCAUAUAAAACAUGUACACCAUCGUCAAACGCCUCUGUCUGUCAGGCAUUCAUCUUUGAUGAUAGCAUGAAAACAAUCAUUAACGAGUGGGGAUUGAUCUGUGACAAAAAAUGGGUGACAGCAACAGUUUCUUCGGUACAAAUGGCGGGUCUUCUCAUUUCCGGUUUUCUGGGUGGACAGCUGGCGGAUCUGCUGGGCCGGAAACCAACAUUCUUCGUGUCUCUUUUCAUUCUAUCCGCCUCUAAUAUUGUGGCUGGAUUUUCCCAGUCCUGGGUGAUGUUCGCUGUGACCCGUUUUAUUAUCGGGCUGGGGUGCGGGGCGUACCUCACCGUAUUCUAUACAUUCUCUGUCGAGUUCACACCAACUAAAUUUCGUCCUAUUCAAUUAGCCGUCCCUGAUUGGUCAAUCUGGGCUGCCUUGUUGGGACUUUGCUCCUAUUUGUUGAAGGACUGGAGAAGUCUUCAUAUUCUGACUGGAGUUUUGACAGGAAUUAGUCUCUUUUCUUGGUGGAUUGUUCCUGAGAGUUUCCGAUGGUUAGUAUCACAUGACAAAUUGACUGAAGCUGACAGAGUCAUCAAGAAAAUUGCUCGCAUAAACAAUCAUCCCAAACCCGAGCUUAAUAAACUCCAAAACGUUGUAGAAUCAGAUGCUACGUUUCAAGGAGACAGGAAAUAUACAUUUUUAGAGCUAUUUCGCAAUCGAACACUGCUGAUCAACACUGCAUUAGCUGGUGUUGCCUGGUUCUCCAGCGGUUAUGCCUACUACGCUAUUUCCUAUAGCGUGGACCAACUCUCAGGAAAUCUUUACCUCAACAUGUUUCUCCUUAGUGUCAUCGACAUUCCCGCUCUUAUGAGCAUUUGGUACCUCAGUAACCGUAUCGGUCGCAGAUGGACCUGUCUGGGAUACUUUGUGAUUGGCUCCCUGGCCUGUCUGGGCGUGGCAGUAUCACAGAUGAUAGAUGUGGACAAAGAACUGCAGAAAAGUCUGAUAAACGGAUUCGCUCUGGCGGCCAAACUUGGCGUCUCUGCAUCCUGGGCCGCCAUCAUGGCCUUCACAACGGAAGUUUAUCCCACUGUCGUCAGAAACAUUGGUUAUGGAACUCAGAAUUCCAUUUCACGGAUAGGAGCGCUUAUUGCACCCCAGUUUGUUCUGCUGAACAAAGAAACUCCUGGGGUUAUGUAUAUCAUCUGUUUUGUUGUUUCCUUAAUCUCAGCUAUCAUGUGCCUUUUGCUGAAGGAAACCAAAGAUAAAACAAUUGGGGACAAUUUGGAAGUUUCAGUAAAGCAGAGGUCCGGAAGUCGUGUGUAGAAGUGAAAAUAUUACACCAGUAGAAGUACGAUGAGCUUCCCAAGACGACCAUGGUCCUAUAGCUACAUGAUAUACUAUGCAAUUUGUCGAAACCAAUUAUCCUACGUUUUAUAAUAGAUUAUAUUUCUACUUUUUUGUAAGCGAAUUAGUUUAGCAUAACAUAAUUAGCAUAAUAGAAUAAAUUGAA